ACCCCUACACAAGUGCUGAUGCGGCAUAGCCACACACUCUUCACGGUCUUAUGUGUUCUGAGCCUUUCACUCCGCAUAAAUACGUAUUAUAAUUCAUAAUUCAAUCGAGGACGUCCGCCGUCAUGAGUACUAUGUUUGCAGACACCAUUCUCAUCGUGUUCAUCUCGGUGUGCACGGCGUUGUUAGCCGAAGGAAUCACCUGGGUGUUGGUGUACCGCACCGAGAAGUACAAGAGGCUAAAAGCUGAGGUUGAAAAACAAAGCAAGAAAUUGGAAAAGAAGAAGGAAACAAUCUCAGAAUCUGCAGGACGUCAACAGAAGAAGAAAAUCGAGAGACAAGAAGAGAAGCUUAAGAACAACAACAGAGAUCUGUCAAUGGUUCGCAUGAAGUCCAUGUUUGCAAUAGGCUUCUGCUUUACUGCGCUGAUGGGAAUGUUCAAUUCUAUCUUUGACGGGCGAGUAGUGGCCAAGCUUCCGUUUGUGCCGCUCUCCUACAUCCAGGGACUUUCACAUCGCAACCUGCUGGGCGAGGACUACACGGACUGUUCCUUCAUCUUCCUCUACAUCCUCUGCACCAUGUCCAUCAGACAAAACAUCCAGAAAAUGUUGGGACUGGCACCAUCCAGAGCUGCAACCAAACAGGCUGGUGGUUUCUUGGGUCCGCCCCCUCAAGCUGCUAAGUUCUCCUGAAUUUUUUCAUCAUUAUCAUCUUCAUCAUCAAACUACAGUGAGGACGACUAGUGAAGAGCAAAGGAAGACGAUGCUGCCGCUAGUAUUUAGGUUUAUUUAUCUUCAGGAUUUUCAAGUUCAGAAACCUGUGGUGAUUUGUUUUAAAUUAACUUUUUAGUUAUAAUUGAGACAAAGAUUUGCUUUGUUUUUGUUUGAUUUUAAUUCAGCAUCAAAGACUAAUCAUCUGUCAGUAUUGUGUGUCAGCAAUAUUUUUUCCAUUUGAAUAAACGUUUUAUACACUCAUACUUUGCAUUAUUGUACUCAUUAACUGCCCAUUUAUAAUGCUAUUUAGGUAGACGA